AUGCCAAGAGUUAGCAAACCACGAUCACGAGUUCGUCAGCAGGAUCAACGACCAUCCAGUAUUCAACCGUCCGUCGAAGUACCGAGCAAUUUGGGCGAGUUAUCAAUUUUAGAGUUGAAGAACCUUUGCCGCGAACUCAACUUUUCCUGCGCUGGCGGCCGACGGGUACUUACAACCCGUCUACAAAACGAAAGAGAACGUCUAAACACGAAUACGCCGCAAUCCAACAUUCAAACCGUUCCAGUAAACAACACGUUAUCUAAUUCCAACGCAAGGGAAAGCUUCAGCGCCGACCAACUGGCACAGAUCACGCAGAUUGUUUCGCAGUCGAUUUCGUCUUUCUUCGAAAGCCAACACGCCACAACAACCGCGACUCGUGUAGAUGAGCAGCCAACUAUCCCACCACCGCCAACGCCACUCGAAAGGCUAGAACAGCUUGGUCAAUUUCCAUUUUUAAGUUCCAGCGAGCUCCAGCAGCAGCCGACUUCAUCCCAUGGACCUGUUGCCUCAAUCCAGCAAGCAGAUGGGGGAUUCACGCCAGAGAUUCCAAACAAAUACGUUCGUGACAUCGAAAGUGGUGAGUUUUUUGAGCUUGCUAAAUUAUUGCCAAAAAAUUUAAGUAAGUUAAAUGUUGGUUCCGAUUCUUCUGACAACGUGGGUUUCACAAUUUCCUCUACGGGAAUCUCAUUAACGCCGCGCAAGCCUCAAGUGCUGACUAACAUUGAAGAGUGGACAACCGCUUUCAACAC